UCCACUGUGGAUGGGCCUCCUCUUUUAUCCUCCCUUCGCUGUCGGGGAAAUUAUGGAAAGAAAAUAGGAAAAAAGAAACCUAAAAGAAGCCCCAAAUCUACGGGCACCAACUAGAAUUCGUUCGAUUCCACUGUCGGAACGCGUGGAAUCUUUUGGAUUUCUCGCCCCAUCCGAUGCGGAUUCUCACCUCGAUCGUGAUCUGAGGGCUUUCGAUCCCUCGAAGAGAGACAUACAUUAUACUAAGAAGGACAUGUCUCACUACGGAGAGGACGACAUUGACGGAAUGGCUGAUGAGUACGAAAUGGCUGAUAUGGAUGAUGACAUGGAUGAAGAAUAUCAUAGAAGAGGAAUGGGAUAUUCAGAUUCUGAUAAUGAAGAAUAUGACCAGUCGAAUGGUAAGGUGACAGAUACUUCAUCUGCACAAGCAAGGAAAGGAGAGGAUAUCCAAGGAAUACCUUGGAAUAGGCUAAGCAUAACAAGGGAAAGGUACAGACAAACUAGGUUGGAACAAUAUAAGAAUUAUGAGAACAUUCCCAAUUCUGGGGAAGCAUCAGAAAAGGAUUGUAAACCAACCAAGAAAGGAGGAUUGUAUUAUGAGUUUUGGCGCAAUACGAGAUCUGUGAAAUCAACUAUUCUUCAUUUUCAGCUUAGGAACUUGGUCUGGGCUACAUCAAAACAUAAUGUCUACCUUAUGUCACACUUUUCAGUCAUUCAUUGGUCAUCAUUAAGUUGUGAGAAGUCUGAGGUUCUAAAUGUUUCAGGGCAUGUGGCACCAUGUGAGAAACACCCAGGGAAUUUAUUGGAAGGAUUUUCUCAGACUCAAGUUAGUACAUUAGCAGUAAAGGAUGGGUUACUUGUAGCUGGUGGAUUUCAGGGGGAACUUAUUUGUAAGUAUUUGGAUCGACCUGGAGUGAGCUUUUGCUCACGGACAACUUAUGAUGACAAUGCAAUCACGAAUGCCGUGGAGAUAUAUGACAGUUCCAGUGGUGCUGUCCACUUUAUGGCUUCAAACAAUGACUGUGGAGUCAGAGAUUUUGACAUGGAGAAGUUUCAGCUUUCCAAGCAUUUCCAUUUCGAUUGGCCAGUGAAUCAUACAGCACUCAGUCCUGAUAGAAAGCUUCUUGUCAUUGUGGGAGACGACCCUCAAGGAUUGGUGGUGGAUGCUCAUACUGGAAAGACUAUCCAGGUUUUGCAUGGACACUUGGACUACUCGUUUGCCUCAGCAUGGAACCCUGAUGGUCGAACAUUCGCCACUGGCAACCAGGAUAAGACUUGCCGGAUUUGGGAUGUCCGAAACCUCUCCAAAUCAGUUACUGUCCUGAGAGGAAAUCUUGGAGCCAUAAGAUCAAUCCGCUUCACCUCAGAUGGUAGAUUCAUGGCAAUGGCUGAGCCUGCGGACUUUGUUCACAUUUUUGAUGUGGGGAGUGGGUACAACAAGCAACAGGAAUUGGAUUUCUUUGGUGAGAUAUCAGGCAUGUCAUUUAGCCCCGACACGGAGGCGCUCUUUGUUGGUGUGUGGGAUCGCACCUAUGGCAGCCUCCUUCAGUACAAUCGCCGCCGAGUUUACUCAUACCUUGACUCCCUACUUUGAGGUUUUAGCUCAAUAAAAAUGGACUCAGGGUGGGGUGUAUAGAGAUGGGCUGUACAGUUGCCUGAAACAGUGCACUGGUGAGGUUUGAGUUACUCGUGGGGAGCUCUCAGUGUGCAGAGGACUGUUGAGUUCUUGCCAGACGACUAGCCUGGUAUUCAUGUAACCUUGGUUCUAUGGUAAUCUUCUGUUGUCCAACUGUUUGACUAAAAGCUCUAGUCUGUUACCUGUCUUUUGUUUGUUGUUGAUUCUUCUCAGUGCUUAGCCUUGGUGGAUAAGGUAUUGUGAUGUUUUUGAUCCUCACUAAGCUGAACGCACUGGAAGAUUUUGCAUUCCAUGCCACAUGGCUGGACCUGUCCAACUCGUUAGCUGAUUUCUUAUGUCGUUAGCAAUGAAGUAGCAUUCAAGACAUGCAAAUUUAACAGACAUGUAUCAUUAGUCUUAUUUCAAGAAGAGUUUGUUCUUAGUUGAUGUAUCUUUUACAUUACUUUCGCUGGGACUCGAUAUAAAAAGUGAAGGGUAUCAAGAGGGGUGUAUCAAAUAAGAGGUGUAAA